GAGCGUCCCGGGCCGGGCGGGGUAGGGAGCGCGGCCGGACGCGGGCUCCUCGCGGCCCAAUGGCUGCUGUUCGGAGCCGGAGGCCGGGGACCGGAGAAAGGAGGAGCGGAGGAGAAGGAGGAGAGCACGGCCCGGCUGGGAUAGAUGCGGUGGGACCCUGGGAGGCCUCCGUCGUGCCCGUGCCGCGCUCCUCCGGGCCAGCGCGUCGCACACAAAGGGGCUGCCGAGCCAGAGACACCGGCGGCCUCAGGGCACCGUGGGGAGCGCGCAGCGAGGGGGCGCUGUGGCGCACCCAGCCCCGCAGCCCCGCAGCCCCGCAGCCCCGCAGCCCCGCAGCCCCGCAGCCCCGCAGCCCCGCAGCCCCGCAGCCCCGCAGCCCCGCAGCCCCGCAGCCCCGCAGCCCCGCAGCCCCGCAGCCCCUCCCCCGACCCUCCCCGGCCCCACCCCACUCCCACCGCCCCCUCUGCGGCCGUCCCCACCCCUAUCUCCGCGACCCCCACACUCCUCCUCGGCUAUUCCCCAACCCUGUCACUGUGCUCCCCUCCCUACUCCCGGCCCGUAGUGGAGGUGACUUUCCUGCGCAGCGCCGCUCCUGAGGGCGGAGAACCCACAGGGAGAGCGACCCCUUUGCACGCUCUGGACGCCCUAUAGGGCUCUUGGCAGUCCACGAAAGACCUGGAGUCCGCCUCCCCAUUUCUCCGGUCGGUGAGUGGCAGGAGGAAAUCGCCAAUCAUGUUUUCCCGCUUUGCCUCCCCAACUCGGAAACUUGCAACUUGCCGUGUCCUGGAGGCUGGGACAAUUUGGGGUCUCUUGGCUGCUGUCCAACAGAUUUAUCUCUGAGGGCAGUCUCCUCGGUGGGAGGUCCAAGUAGGAGUGGGCGACAUUUACCUCCAUCUCAUGAGGGAGCAGCCCUGCACACUAGGGCCCAAAACUCUGCAAAGGAGCUUGGAAGUUCUUCAUCCGUUCCACUUGUUUUGCUACUCCACACACCCUUCUAGGACAUGUUGAUUGCCAACUGCUUUGCGCAACUUUCCCAUAGCUGUCUGUUCCCGUGCAUUUCGGAGCACCAGGCAAAUACAAGCAGAGAGACCUGGAAAAAAAAUUAUGAAGACAGUAUUAAUCAUAAAAUUAACAUGGCUGAGUGAAUUGUCAAUGCAAGUUCCUUUACUAACUCUUUGUUAAGUUUUGCUUUGUACUCUUUACAUCCUCUUUCUCUUAAGCCAUUGUUUUAAUUUCUUCUCGUUAUCAUUUUUAAAAGUAACAGAAAUACAGUUUUCUUCCUACCUUAACGAUUGACAUGGUGGAGGUUGGGUUGCAAAGAGGAAGUAGUAAGAAAAAAUAAUUAUUCUAUACAUUCACAAGUCCUUCAAGGCACAAAAUAAAAGUAAGAAAUAGAAAAUAUGUCCUUUCUCUUAAUAAAGGUCUUUAUAAUAAAAUUUAAAUGAAAUUUUGUGUUUCAUAACAGCUUUCCAAAUACUGUUGUAGAUACUAAAAUGUGCCUGUAUGUAUUUCCUUCCACAAUAAUAAUAGUAAUAAUAAACUUUUUAGGUCCAAAUUAAA